AUGAUGAAGUUCUACAAUGACCGCGACUCGAAAGCUAUUCCAGGUAAAAUGGACGAUACCUGGUGGGAGGGUGGUUCGAUGUUUAUGACGCUCAUCCAGUACUGGUAUCUAACUGGCGACAGCCAGUACAACGAUGACAUCCAGGAAGGCAUGUAUUGGCAAAAGGGCGAAAAUGACUUUUUCCCAAGCAACUACUCCCAGUACCUGGGUAACGACGAUCAAGUAUUCUGGGGAUUAGCGGCGAUAACCGCCGCGGAAGUGAACUUCCCAGAAAGAGACAACGAGCCUUCGUGGGUUUCUCUGGCUGAGGGUGUCUUUAAUGGACAGAUUCCUCGCUGGGACAUGAGCAGUUGCGGUGGCGGUUUGCGAUGGCAGAUCUGGCCCUAUCAGAACGGGUAUGGUUUGAAGAAUGCCAUUUCCAACGGGGGCUUGUUCCAGCUGUCAGCGCGUCUGGCACUAUAUACAAAAAACGCGACCUAUGCCGAGUGGGCUGAAAAGAUUUGGGAUUGGAGUGCGUCUACGCCGCUAUUAAGGAAAAGCUGGGUUAUCGCCGAUACUACUUCUACCGCUGCGGACUGUAAGGAUCACGGUGAUCACCAAUGGACUUACAAUUAUGCUACGUAUAUCUCCGGUGCGGGCUAUAUGCACAACUACACCAAUGGCACCGAAAGCAAAUGGCUCGAAGGCGUGACAGGGCUGAUCAAGACAUCUGAUCAGUUUUUCCCUGACUCGGCUUCGAAACAAGUCAUAUCCGACAUUACCUGCGAGCCAAUCAAUAAGUGUGAUCGCAAUCAGAAAACAUUCAAGGCCUAUUUCACUUCCUGGCUCGGGUUCAUGUCACUGAUAGUACCGGCCAAUACCACGACGGAGGUAAUGGCGAGAUUCAAGAGCUCCGCUGUCGCUGCCGGUCAACAAUGCUCCGGUGGAGGCGAUGGAAAGCAUUGUGGAAUUCGUUGGACGAAGAAGGCAGAAUGGGAUGGGACUAUGGGUUUGGAGCAGCAGAUGUCUGUCUUGGGUGUCCUUAAUUCUGUCAUGGUCCCAUUCAAGGCACAGGGCCCAUACAAUACUGAUAAUGGUGGGACAUCCCAAAGUCACCCACAUGGGGGCACCAAUACCAAGGAUACCUUGGGGCCUGAACCUAUCGCGACAGGUGAUAAG